CGGCGGGGAAAGAUUGCCGGUCAGUAAUUACGGACCUGGUGGUCGGUUCGGGUGAAUUGUAUUAUAUCCUGCACCAGUACUGCCGAGCGGAUGCUACUCUCGAGGAUCGGGCGCUGUCGAUCAGGAGAGUGAACUUGUCGCGAAUGCAGGACGCCAACGGUCCGAGCCCGCAGGAGGAMRACAGCUUGAUAAGUCACAUGUGGCCAUUCGGGCAGCCGAACGGGACAAUAAUCCGCGAACCAGCAGACUUUGGAGAUGCUUACGUGACAGGAAUGGGUCUGUCGAAAGAUGGGAUGCAUCUCGUCUUGAGCGUAUCCAAUGGGGACCCAAAAGUAAUAUGGGACACUGGAACCAUAUCUGGUGACCAGAAUCACUCCAGGUUCACAUCUUUGUCGCUCGCUGACGGCUCUCGGUCGUCCUCCGGCCCUUUGAGCGAAUUUGUCCAGGCGUGGGCGUUAGAGUCUAACAAGAGUUUUCUUUACUAUUUGCGAUCUGAUUCCGUAUUAAUUAACGUCACCGUGAGUGAUGUCGGGCUUCCAAACGGCCCUCUGAACCGGGUACCCCCCCGUUCGGGCAUCCAAACGGGUAUUGAUCCUGACGAGGAGUUCCAAUCUGGAAGCCUUGUCUCUGACGGCAGUUGCCUUUACUCCGUGACUUCUAAUGACGGGUUGUUCGGGAGGGAGCUUGGGGAUGGACAUUUCGUCCACUCCACAAUUGCAUACCCUUCCGUUCCAUUCCUGGGGAAGGAGAUGGACGUGGUUGCAACGCCUUACGGAUGUCACGUGCUCACGACCGCAAACAACACAGUUGCUGUCUUCAAACUCUGGCGCCCCUGCGGUAGUCUCAAUGAAAAGCAGGCACUCCCACAUUAUUUCGGAGAAGCAGAUGUUACGGCCUUGGCACUCGGUAACGACAGCGACGGCGUAAGCCUCUACGUGGGAACCAGCAAUGGCGGCGUGUAUCGCAUUCCCCUGAACGGGUCGGAACUGAGCCGUUGUGGAAACGAAGUGUACAGAGACGUAUAUGAGCCCCACGGUACUCGAACUUCAGAACUCUACAUAUUUAUAUUUCUUGGUCUGAUAUUUGUCGCUACAGCAAAGGCAAGUUGCGCCGUAUCUUGCGUUCGCGGUUUUCAAAAGUGUCGACGUGAGGUCAGUAAGAACCAUGCCGUCACCGGCCGGCCGACGACUUCACCUGUACAGGACUGCACUGCUUUGGAUUUCUGGGGACUGAGACCCUCGCGCGUCAAGCAGUUUGGUUGGAAACUGCUGUCGGAUUGCACGGAGAAUUUUAGCGAGACCUAUCGCAUCGGGGACGAAGGGGCGUUCGGGAACGUAUACAGGGGCUCGCUCGAUGGCAAGGACGUGGCAAUCAAAGUGAUGACCGGUGAGCUGACGGACGUGAAACGGAACCAGUUCGUGGCGGAGGUGAACACUCUCAGUGCAGUUAAUCACGUCAAUCUCAUCCAGCUCACUGGUAACUGCCAGGAGGGCAACCAGUGCAUCUUGGUGUACCCGUACUUCAGAGGUGGAUGCUUGCACGAACGGCUGUUCCCUCACACGGCUAACCAGAGGGAACUCGCAGAGGAUUCUCCUCCGCCGCUCACUCUCCAGGAGCGCAUGAGCAUUGCCUUCCAGAUUGCCAGGGGGCUCCAGUACCUACACGAUGAUGCCAAGCCUCCCAUCAUUCAUCGGGACAUCAAGAGCAGCAACGUCCUGCUUGGCGAUGGCUGUGGGGACAAACUUUACAUGGCGGAAGACUCUACGAGGCAAAUGCUGAUGAACACUUUCAGACUGGCGUGGGAAUGCGUCCAUGAGGACUAUGGAUCAAGGCCGCCAAUGCGAGCAAUUGUGCAGCGCUUCCACAGCAUGUUUCUCGAUGUAGGAUGGGACUUCUUGGUCAGAACAAUCGACAUGGAGUACCUUCUGGCUAUGUCAGAGGCAGCGGAUACCAUCUGCAAGGACGAUGAUGCUGAGUCACAAGAGCAUCACGAAGUGCUCCUAGAGUAAGGGAAAGGAUGAGAACUGUAAAUACUGAAUACUCUUUGUAUAAUAGAUAUAUGAAGUCAUUUGUGUCUUAGCGAGUGAUAGCAACUAGCAUUGUACUAUUGGGUAGAAUUCUAGCUCCUGAUCUGCUUAUAAUCUGUAACAUGGAGUCUGUUUUGCGCGCAGCCAGCAGGCUGGAAGGUGUUGGAAUCUUUCACUUGCUGGCAGGCGAAAGUCACUGUGCGGGCCAAGACCUGAAACUGCUAACAUUUCGAUGUGUGGGACCUUCAUUAAAUUCAGCUAAAGGUAUCUUAGGGCAAGACCCCAUAAGCACUGGACGUCUUGCCAUUGGCUGUCGUGGAAGUGUAAAAGUGUUAUGGCACUGUAGCAUUGGGCUUGGAGWAGUUGUCACCAACUCCGCAUUCUGGUACUGAAUCUUCUUAAUUUAAACGACAGACUUUAAUCAUUUUGAAAUUUAAAGUAAUUGGGCCAGAGAUCAUCUCACAAAUCAAAGAGUUUCAAAAAAAAAAAAAAAAAAUCAAAGAGUUCAGAAAUC